UGUCCCUGGUUCAUCCAUCACGUCGGGGCAGGGGUCCGCCUUGCUCGGGCAAAACGAUAGGAAGUGCAUACGCCCAUAUCAGCGUGAGCGUCUACAGUUGGCUUGCGACCGCGCAGCCUGCAGGGACUGUAAGCACGUAAAUCAAGGGAGACAUUUGUCUCUCAGUUCAUUUUACUGAGGCAAUGAUUCUGAGGAAAGCGUGGCAAAUUUCCAGGUGCACCGAAACACGCCCGUACUUUAAGACUCUUAUCAGCGCACGGGUGACCAUGUGCAACGAGCCCGACGGUGCUGUGUACGCUGCAUCCCGUGCGAUCCGUCACGGCAGUGACCCCUGCCGCCGUCGCAUAUAAAUAUCCCAGCAUGAUCCUCGGCCUGUAGGGUUUCUCCUCUGGUGGUCCAGCAUGGUCUCCGCGCUCCUACUCGCCGCCCUACCCCUCGCAGCCGCGUUCCCGCACUCGGCCUCAAUAUUCGCGGGCUCGACGACGUCCGCGGCGUUCCCGCCCCCGGGCGCGACGGGCACGUCCUACGAGGAGUACUUCCCCGCCGCGGCGGAGGUCGGAUUCGCCGGACCCACUCCCACUGGUGCCGAGCCUGAGGCUAUCCAGACGGCUCCUGCUGCUCCCGUGAAGUUGGACACGUAUCCCCUGGUCGCGGAUGGCGCAGCGUACAACCCGUCCUUCAACCCGAUGCGCUACUGGGGCAACCUCUCGCCGUGGUUCUCGGUCGGCGGCGCGUUCGGGCUGCCGGAGGCGUCCCCGCAGGUCCCGUCCGGGUGCGAGCUCACGCAGGUGCACAUCGUCCAGCGGCACGGCGCGCGCUACCCGACGUCGGGCACGAACAAGUUCGCGGCGCUCCUGCAGGACGCGGUCGUGAACGGCACGGGGUUCACCGCGCACGGCCCGCUCGAGUUCCUCAACACCUGGACAUACAAGCUCGGCGCGGAGAUCCUCACGCCGUUUGGCAGGAAACAGCUGUAUGACCUGGGCGUCGCGGCGAGGGUGCAGUAUGGGCACCUGCUGGAUGAGUUCACGCGGCUACCGGUGUUCCGCACGACGUCUGAGUGGCGGAUGGUGCAGUCUGCGCGAAACUGGGCUGCGGGCUUUUUCGGGCUUGAGGAGUAUCCGACGUCGUAUCACGAGGAGAUCAUCAUCGAGGAGGAGGGCUACAACAACACGCUCGUCCCCUGGAAUGACUGCGAUAACGCGAACGGCGACUUGUACACGAUGGGCAGCUGGUAUGCGAACAACUGGACGGAGAUCUACUUGAAGGACACCGUGAAGAGGCUGCAGCAGUACGUUGACGGCGUCGAGCUCACGACGACGUACGUGUCGGAGAUGCAGGAUCUGUGCGCGUACGAGACGGUGUCGAUCGGGUAUUCGAAAUUCUGCGAGCUGUUCACGGAGGAAGAGUGGAAGGGCUACCAGUACGCGAACGACCUGGACUUUUGGUAUGCGGACGGCCCAGGAAACCCGACCGGCGCUGCUCAGGGCAUUGGCUACGUGCAGGAGCUCGUUGCGCGCCUGACGCAGACACCCAUGACCGUGUUUGACACGACGACCAACGGGACACUUGACGGGAACAACAUCACGUUCCCUCUCGAUCAGCCGAUCUACAUGGAUGCCACCCAUGAUACCAACAUUGCAUCCAUCGCUGUUGCCAUGAACUUCACGAGUAUGGUUGCGAGUGGUCCCCUGCCGGUGGACUACAUCCCUGAGGACCUGAGCUACAACACUCAACACAUCGCGCCCUUCGCCGCACACCUCGUCGGGCAAGUCAUGACCUGCCCCGUCAAGCACAGCACCUCCGACUCGGAGAAGUACAUCCGGUGGCUCCUGAACGACGGUGUGGUGCCGCUCACGGGCAUCAAGUAUUGCGAGGAACCGAACAAGGAUGGCUUGUGCUUAUUGGAUAACUUCAUCAAGGGCAUGCAGGAGCGCGUCGCGGAGGUUGACUUCCAGUAUGACUGCUUCGGGAACGUGUCCGUGCCGUACCCUGAUAACCUCACAAAUGGGAGGUAUAUCCGGUAGGAUGUGUAAACGCCGUUGCCGUACAAAACACAGCAGCACUUCAAUACUUGAAUACAUGGCAGUCCAAUGUUAACUGCAUGGGUACACGCACAGACAACGUUCCACUGGAUCCCGGUGGCUGAGCGCUGAGCGCCGGAUCGCCGGAAACGUGUACUGUACAUGAUGUACUUACUGCGCGAUGAAUUUUGAAUACUUAGCAGUGGAUUCCGCUGUUCGUCGCAUACAACUCAAUUCAAAGAACCGUUGUGCUAG